UCCAACCUUCCAUUUCCAACACCGCCAGACGGCCCAGACCUAACCCCACUCUUCCCAAGUUCCCAACCUUUUUCCUCCUCUUCAUCGCUUCCUCCCAUUUCCCCCAACAACAACACGCUAUUUUUCUUUUGAGUCCAUUCAAAAAUUCAUCAUCCGCAGUCAACAUGAGCCCGCUCAUUUUCAGUUGCGUUAUAUGCGGGUGGCCUAUCUUCGACGAACAUGGCUCUGUCUCGUGGAUGAAUGAGUUUCGCGGUUUGUGCUCAACAUGGCAAAGGGGGGUUUAUGUGUCUGGAGUCGGCCUUUACUCCGAUCCGCAAUCAGCAGCCUUCAUCGCGCCUCCAGACCCCGAGGGUCGGUGGGACGACCCUGGCUACACAAGUCCGCGUAGAGACCGGCUCGGGGUAUUGGCGUAUGGCGAGCUCCACGGGAAGCGUGGCUUCGUUUUUCACGAUGCCUGUUGGUCUCUCGUUAAACAGCUGUAUCAUCCGGCUCCCGUCCCGCUUCAGAGGCUGCUUCAAGUCAUGGACUCCCUCCCCAAGAUAUGGACAGGACAUAGCUUAGACUGGGGGCACGACUACGGAGGGCUUGCUAUUCUUCAGGACCAAAAGGAUUACUUCCCUUGGGAAUAUCUCCGGUUUACCGACAGGGAUUUCGAAGGCGACCCGCACACAGCGUACCGCGUUAACCCCCUUGCUCAUUCCGAAGUGGAGGGAAUUCUGGCCGAGGCUCCUCAGGCGCCGCCUUCUCGGGACUCGUUGCUAUCUAUCGAAUCGUCAUCAUCUGGACGAGAUCCAUUUGUCUUACUUCCCGGGGAACUAUGCUCCGCUAUUGCUGCCUACCUCCCAACCCCGGAUGUCCUGAACGCACGCCGGGCAUCGCGGUCGUUUUGGCUUAUUUUUGACAGCCAACAAUUCUGGGCAUCACGUUUCAAGGGAAAGGCCUCAGAACGCUCAUGGCUGUUCGAAGUGGCCCAGGACCUUGAAACUUCCGGCGGGGUUGGAGGCAGAGAUUGGCGUUGGUUGUACCAUCGUACGCUCGAUGCCCACCUAGAACCGGGGGUCCGAAACAGGAAACGGAUCUGGGGACUCGUACAGCACGUGGCAGAUAUUUCAACGCUGUCUUGGAACGAAUUGCCUGUCGUGUUGCCAAUCCCCUGGCAGACCUCAUCCCUUCCCGAGAAUAUAAGCCCCAAGCGGCCAUGGAUCUCGGCUGCGGGGAGCAUACGGGCGUGGGGACAUAAGUUCAGCAAGUUGCAGCAAGCCUGCGCACGUUUCAAGCUCCAACGGGUGGCCAUGCGAAUGGAUGUCAUUACGCAAAUCGCAGCCUCCACCGUCCGUUUUGGUGGCUGCGUAUACAUCGCCGGCUUGUCUCUGACUGCUGCCAACGGGGAAGUCUUACAAUUGGGCUACAAAGCCGGUGGCAGAGAACCUUCCUUGCAACUCCAAGGGGCGGCAUUGACAGGCUUUAAUCUUGCCGUCGGCCUAGGCGGCAUCCAGGCCCUGCAGUGCGUCAGCGGCAGUGAUACCGAGAGACAAUUAUCUGCUUGGCUCGGGAGCCCUCAUAAUGUCCCCAGAACAGAACGGCUGCGCCGCGUUAUUACGAGCGGGCAGACUAUGGUGCUAGAAGUCGGUUUUGACGGUUUCAGAAUGGUUAGUUUCGCACUCUGUCGACAGCCAACAGGGCCCCAGCCGAAGGGGCCCCCGAAGGGGCCCCGAACCGAUGGUGAUGAGAUUCUCAGGGAUACAGCGAUAUGGUAUCCUCACCUGCCACCCCCUGAUCUUGAUUUAAAUGAGGAUUUCCUAGUAGCACCCGAUGUGUACAGAUCAGGAUUUCGGCCACUAUUCUGGACUCGGUUUGGAGGUCCCGGCGGGAUUUACCUUGCAAAUCUGGUCAAAAUCAACAUCACUCACGUUGUCAGCCGUAUGGACUUCAUCUUCAACCGCCCGGGAGCCCCAACGGACUGCAGAACCUUCGGACGUAUCCACAUUGACAACUCGGCCGAGGAGAGCGAGGACGAAGACGACAAGCCCAUCGAGUUUCCGAUCGACGGGCCUGGAGGUGAGGUUAUUCACAAAAUCGAGAUUUGUCAAGCGUUUUUCACUGCCGAUUGGAUCGACCGCGAAGGAUAUCUGGCUUUGCUGAAGAUACAUACGAACCGCGGGCGGACCUGUGAAAUUGGCAAGAAACCCAAGGCCGGCAAAAAGCCCAAUGUCGAAAAGGAGUUUGUGGCCGCUCCAGGGACUGCAAUCACUGGCUUCUAUGGCGCUCGGGAGAUACAUCUGAGAUCUGGCAUCACAUCAUUCGGCGUGAUAACUGAGCCGCUUUUGAAAGCAUGAGACGGGAUAAUGGGGUGGUGGGGAGGGGGGGAAUCAAUGGCAUCCUAGCAGGAUAUCUAGAUGGGUAAGUGUGUAGUUAGGUAAUUUCAGACAACCUUUAUCACG